GGAGACCCCCAACAAAAACAAUCAGAAGGGAAAGUGACAAGUCGUUCUUCUUAUUUUACAUCGUCAACAUGAUGAAUCCGACGAUAUCAGUACCUUCGUGGAAGGAUCGACAAAAGUCACAAUUCAGUAAGGUCCAACUCCCGACUAUGCCAUGGCGAUCUUUCAAACUCCUCAUGCCACACCGUAUGAGGCGAAAGCUGCGAUCGAAGCUGCGCAGCAGAGUGUCACCAGCAACCUCGAUCGCUUCACUACAGACCUCAUUUUCUCCCAAGGAUACUCUGCGAUCAUUGCAGUCUUAUCGCUGGAGUGUUUAUGAUUUCCAAUACUUGCUUCUAGCUAUCAUUGGUAUCUUUUCUCUCUGUAUUAUACAAUCGCCAGACCCAUUCGGCAAGACAUUCGUGGCCUCGCUUCUUCUGUUGUCGCUGCUUUUGCCGAUUACGAGGCAAUUCUUCCUACCGUUCUUGCCGAUCGCCGCCUGGCUGAUCUUCUUUUAUGCUUGCCAAUUCGUUCCGUCCGAAUAUCGCCCUGGUGUUUGGGUUCGCGUUCUACCGGCAUUGGAAAACAUCUUGUACGGCGCCAACAUAAGUAACAUUCUAUCUGCGCACCAGAGCGUGGUGCUUGACGUGUUGGCUUGGUUGCCUUAUGGAAUCUGCCAUUACGGUGCACCCUUCGUAUGCUCAGCCAUUAUGUUCAUCUUCGGACCACCCGGAACAGUCCCAGUGUUUGCCAAAACGUUUGGCUAUAUCAGUUUGACCGCCGUUGCCAUUCAACUUGUUUUCCCAUGCUCUCCCCCAUGGUAUGAGAACACCUACGGUCUCGCGCCCGCCGAUUAUUCAAUUAAAGGUGACCCAGCUGGACUGGCUCGUAUCGAUGCAUUGUUCGGCAUCGAUCUCUAUACCUCUGGUUUCCAUGCCUCACCCGUCGUGUUCGGUGCUUUCCCAUCCCUUCACGCCGCCGAUUCCACCGUUGCUGCUCUCUUUAUGAGCCAUGUCUUUCCCAAGCUCAAGCCACUCUUCGUUACCUACACCCUUUGGAUGUGGUGGGCUACCAUGUACCUGUCCCAUCACUACGCUGUGGAUCUCGUCUGCGGUGGUAUUCUAGCCGCUGUCGCUUUCUACUUUGCCAAGGCUCGAUUCCUGCCGCGAGUCCAGCCAGGCAAGCGAUUCCGCUGGGAUUACGAUUAUAUUGAGAGGGGCAAUGGAUCGGAUGAGGAGGGCUAUGACUUGGCUCAUUUCAAGGGCCAUAUGCAUGCCGAUAGUGACGAGUGGACUGUUGGCUCUUCUUCGUCAGUAUCGUCAGGCUCUCUUUCUCCGACUGAAGAUCAGCAUCUCUGGGAAGGCGAAACUCUCGCCUCUAUCUCUGAUAUUGAAUCUGGUCGGUAGACUAGCGACCCACCACUAUUCAAACUCAAUUCCGCCCUUCGAGGAUACCUCAAUGAUCGAUGACCGUCCUCCCGUCGAUAUUUGCAUUGCUGCAUUGUUGUUUUGCUAGCGCUAUCGGCUUGCGAAUCAUAGCAUGGCACUUUGUUUUCACCAGUACAGAAUAUUUUAAUCACGGCUUCCGCUUCUGCCUUUUGGUUUGGCGCAGUCGACUUUUGUCUCUGCGCGUGUUGGAGUUUACUGUACAUGCAUUGCAUCAUGGAUUGGUGCGCUUAUAUACGCCACUUUGGGUCUUUUCAAUGUCUCUGGAGCGAUUUUCAUAGACACAAUUUCCGUCAAUAAUACUUAAUUCCGGCGACUGGCGACAAAUUCUGGCACCCUUCUUCGAUUUUCAUUCUGACCCACUCGCUACCCGCCAUGGAUUUGCGUUAAGUUCGCCGUUGAAGACUUUCGCUUGUACAAAAUUAUAGCUUUACCACCACCAGUGGUACAGCUUUCUCCGAUUCUUGGCGUGCAUACGCCCUAUUUCAACAGUCAAGCCUUUUUAUCUUCUCUUCUUGCUUGACUGCCUCUUUGCCUUGUGGUCUCGGACCACAAUAUAACGAAUUUUAUGUCAGUCGCUUUACUCUGGUGCCUGGAGAAAGGGGAAACGGGAAAACAAAAUUCUUUAUUGGAAAAGAAAGGAACACUGUUUUUUUUUGCUUUUUGGGUGGAAUAACGGAUUGCAUUAUCAUUACAGCACCAUCACUCGCUGUGCUUAUAGAAUUUAACUGUUGGUGAACUUCUCAUCUUCACCUCAGUCUUUUUUUCUGAAGGUGGAUCAACAUUCACCUUGAGACUUUCGAUUAGGGGAUAGGAGCGAUUGGAGGACAUUUUUUUUAUUCAUCAAAGAUGGAUUGAAGUGAGCAUGUACUUGACGGAGACAUACUUUACUUGUAAUCUAUCUCUAUGCUGAUAUGCAGGCUUUACCUCUUCUGUUUGAAUCUUUUGAAGAUGGAGGAAGGUAAUUGAGUCUGUUAUGUUAAUGAUACUAUUAUUAUAUAUGAUUCAAUGCACAUAUGGUCAUACCAU